UUAUUCUUAGGGUUUUAGAUUUCCCCAAAUCUGAGAGAAGCAAUGAAAGGAGGAAGGAAGAAUCUGAAGAGGGCUGUGGAGGAACAGAGCUUAACCCUCAGCGAUGGCCACUCUAUAAUGCAAGUGCUUUCUCUACGUGGUUCCAAUCUCAUUGAGGUAAUGGAUGCACAAGGAGAGAAAUCUUUGGCAUUGUUUCCGGCUAAGUUUUCGAAGAGCAUGUGGAUAAAAAGAGGGAGUUUUGUUGUGGUUGAUGCAAGUGAAAAGGACAAGGUUCUUGAAUCAGGCGGCAAAGUGGCAUGUAUUGUUUCCCAAGUUCUGUUUUUCGAACAAGUUCGUGCACUUCGGAAAUCACCAGAUUGGCCCGAAAUCUUCAAAUCCACUGUUUCGGAUGAGCCAUGUGGAAGUUUGAAGGGACACACCUCUAAACAAGAAGAGAAUGACAAUGACAAUGAGGAUGACUCUAGCGAUGAUGAUGGACUUCCUCCAUUAGAAGCCAACAUGAACAGGAUGAGACCAUCUGAAUGGCAAUCAGAGGCAGAAUCAGAUUCGGAUACAGAUUCAGGACCUGAUUCUUGAAUUACUGUAGUAGACAAAUGGAAAGAACAGAUUCAAAUCUUGUGGCCCCAAUUUUUGUUGAAAUUACUGUUUUUUUUUGAAGGGGUGUUGAAAUGACUGUAUUUACUCAAAGUCAUGUACUAAAGAUACUAACACAGCUGAUAGCACAUGACAUAUAUAUAUCCAUGCAUCACCUUUUAUGUAUUGUC